UCUGCUUUCACUGUCUGCUGCACAAUGCUCUUCCUGCAGCUGAAAGCGGCUCUUUCUUUUUCUCUUUCUCCCUCGUUUCCUUCCCCUAAGCCCUCGGCUGCUCUCAGAGGCUGGUUUUCUCCUGCAGAAUCAGGGCUGUGGUGAUUUUAACACAUGAAGGAGGAGCAACAGAAGCCGCUGGGGGAGGAAAGGGCUUUUCUAGACUUCCUUCUCCAGGCAGCAGGAGGAAACAGAGUCAUGGAGAGCGACCGGCUCCCUCCUCCGCCGACGCUCAGCCCGGCCGUGCCUCCCUUCGUCAAGCUGGGGCUGACGGUGGCCUACACCAUCUUCUACUCGCUGCUCUUUGUGUUCGUGUAUGUGCAGCUCUGGCUGGUGCUGAGAUACCGACACAAGCGCUUCAGCUACCAGACGGUGUUUCUGUUCUUAUGUCUGCUGUGGGCGGCUCUGCGAGCGCUGCUCUUCUCCUUUUAUUUCAGAGACUGUGUGACUGCAAACACACUCGGACCCUUGUCUUUCUGGCUGCUCUACUGUUUCCCCGUCUGCCUGCAAUUCUUCACCCUCAGCCUCAUGAAUCUGUACUUCGCACAGGUCAUAUUCAAGGCGAAGUCUAAACAUUCACCAGAACUUCAAAAGUACAGGCUGCCGCUGUACCUGCUCUUCCUGUGCAUCAGCUUCCUCUUCCUGCUGGUGAACCUGACCUGUGCUCUGCUGGUGAAGAUGCAGACGAAGGCUGACACAGAGACUGUAGUGCUGGUGCGUGUGGCCAUCAACGACACGCUGUUCGUCCUCUGCGCCGUCUCACUCUCACUGUGUCUCUAUAAGAUCGCCAAGAUGUCUCUAGCCAACAUCUACCUGGAGUCCAAGGGAACAUCCGUGUGUCAGGUGACUCUGAUCGGGGUGACGGUGAUCCUGCUGUACUCGUCCCGUGCGUGUUAUAACCUUGUGGUGCUGGCUCUGGCCAAAAUCAAGAGCAUCAACUCAUUCGACUACGACUGGUACAACGUAUCAGACCAGGCAGAUCUAAAGUCGACAUUGGGCGACGCUGGAUAUGUGGUUUUUGGGGUGAUCCUGUUUGUUUGGGAGCUGCUGCCCACUUCACUGGUGGUCUUCAUUUUCAGAGUCCGUAAGCCGGUUAAGGACCGAAGCGUGUCAGUGAUCCCCGGCCACAUGUUCUCAUCUAGAGCUUAUUUCUUUGACAACCCGCGGCGUUACGACAGCGAUGAUGAUCUCGCGUGGAAUAUCAUCCCACAAAACAUUCAAGCCAGUCUUACGCCGGAGAGUUAUGAUUGGGGUUUCACUGCAUACGUCGAAGGUGAAGAGUCUCAUCUGGUGCCAGAGGAGCUGAAUCCCUACUAGAACAUUCCAAAUGAGGAGUGGUAUCAUUUUGCACAUUCCCCAUCACUGAUGGGAAAUAUUACAUACCACAGAUGUCUUUACCGCUAUUUAUUACGGUAUUAUAUAUAAUACGGCAGUAGCUACGGCUCUGGAAGCAAAACCACCAAUCAUUUUCUCCAACAAGAAAUAGAUUCGUACCAAUAAUGUGUGAAAUGAUUCAUUUCCAUAGAAGUUAAUGUGAUUUCAAAUACACUACCCAGAGAUCCAUCAGAGAAAUCACUGUUACAAUGGAAAUCCCAUGAUUUAUCGCAAAUUAAUUAAUCGAGUUUGCCUUGUAUUCUACAUAGUAAUACUUAUAGAUUUAAAUAUUUGCAUUUAUUAAACAAUUAAACAAGUCAGUUGUUUUAUUUGUGUGCCUGGAGCACAAAAGCA